GUUUGUCCAUUCUUCUGUACGAAUAUAGCUUAGCUGCUUUGUCAAAAUGGCUUUCAAGAUCAUAGGUAUGUUGGCACUUGCUACCGCUGUUAGUGCUCAAAGUGGAAUCGGGUACUAUGGUCACCAUCUUCAAAAGCAGCUUCAAACAGCAGUCGAUCAUCAUCACCCAGAAGUGCACCAUUUAGAAGAACAACACCAUGAGGUCCAACAGAUUCAACAUCAGCCUCAGGUUCAAGUGUAUCACCAACCUCAAGUGCACUACCAACCGCAACAUAACAACCAGCAUCACGAGGAAGAACAUCACGCCCCAGCUCAUUAUCAGUAUCACUAUGGAGUCCAUGAUGAGCAUACCGGAGAUGUUCACGGUCAACAGGAAUCUCGGGAAGGAGACAAAACCGAAGGAGAAUAUUACCUGAUCGAUGCCGAUGGCCACAAACGAACUGUGACCUACCAUGUCCAUGGCAAGAGCGGAUUCAUUGCCCAAGUGCAUCGCGAGCCAUUCAAGGGCCACCAGCAGCAGCAACAGCAAUAUCAUCAUCAACAGCAUGAUGAGCAUCAUAAUCAAUACCAACAACAGCAUCAUACUUAUCAUCACUAAAAUUGCUAUCUAGGAAUAGUAUAGAAAUAAAGGAAAGUUACCAUCUAGCUACAAUUAUCAUCAAACCUCGCGUUCAUAAUUUUCAAUUUCUCCUAUAAUGAUCAGUGACAUAUUUAUAAUAAGGACUUAACAUUUACAAUCAUUUCAAAUACAGAAGAAUAGUAAGCAGAAG